AUGUCGGACCCGCUAGGUGGCGCUUACCCUAGUCCUCGCCCUCGCAACCUUGACUAUGAUAAUCCAUUUGAGGACGAGCGGCCUGUACCCGACCCAUACACCUACCCGCAAGCUUCUCAAACAAGCCUCGUUGAUUAUGCUACUCGAGGGGGACUGGCUGAUGACGAACAGCGUCUCACGGGGGGCACCAUCUUCCUGAUUCGGAGGAUGACGCUGAGCAGGGUUUACGUUGCUUUUCAGGCAGUGAAAAGGAAUUUACGACAUGUCAGUGUUCGUGUGGUCGACCUUGCGAGCACGGGAACGAAAGACCAUCACGUUCGAUUAAAGGACAGUCCCGAGGCUACCACAAAUCAGACUCCUGAGCAAAGUCUCCCAAACCUUGGGGGGACGCCAUUGCGGGGGUAUACGCUUGGGUUAUUUGGCCCGUACAGUUCAAUACGACGGUCGAUGUUCGACUUCCUGCAACUACCAUGGACAGAGCCUAUUAUAUUUUGCCUUAUCAUUUUCCAUGCUAUUGUGCUUAUUGCUCAGUCUAGCAACGCUAUAUGCUCAGUGCAGACCUCCGCCCCUUGUCCACGUCCAAAUGGAUAUUUUAACAAUUGGGCGGAUUAUACUUUGUUUAUUUUAUUUGUUUUCUACUCACUAGAGAGCUUCGCUCGUAUCGUCAUUUCUGGGCUAUUUGUAGAUCCCGAUAAAAACUGGAGAGAUGCCACCAGGAAUAAAGCGAGGUUGCUGAUCUCUGAAAUGAUGCCGUGGAGCCCACGUGGUCCAGUGCCCUUGGAUGCGCAUCAAAACCAGUCUACUCAACCGUCUCGGCCCAUCGCCGUGGCCUCUGAGUCUUCCAACCCCACUACGUCGGGUCCGGUACGGUCAAUAUGGAGGAUUUUAGCAACAGAGAAUUCGGAUCCGCAUCACACACGAGGUGCUACCAGGCUAGAAGCCCCAUUCCAGCUGGCAAUUGAAAAGCAACGGGGUCUUGCUAAGCAGGGUCGCCCGUAUCUUAGACAUUCGUGGAAUAGGGUGGACUUCAUUUCUGUUGUUUGUUUUUGGAUCAUGUUCAUCUUGUCGGUAACGCACGUCGAGGCGACCGGCAGCCGCCAUAUCUAUAUUUUUCGGGCAUUGAGUGUUCUACGUGUCUCACGUCUGUUGUCUAUGACGAGUGGUACCGAAACUAUAAUGCGAUCCCUCAAGAGAGCUGCGCCAUUACUGGUCCGAGUGGCGAUGUUCAUUCUUUUCGCAAUGAUACUGUUCUCAAUAAUCGGUGUCCAAUCGUUCAAAGGCAGUUUCCGUCGCACCUGUCAAUUAGUUGUUGAUGGAGCCCAAAUCUCAAACCUCCCAAUAUCAAGUUGCGGGGGCUUUAUUGACCCUACAACGUACGACACUUUGGGCUACCUUGUUAACGGACAACCCACGAAUUACACCAAAGGAUAUGUUUGUCCUUUGGGUCUGACUUGUAAUUCCAGCGACCAAAAUCCCUACAACAAUCUGCAGAGCUUUGACAACAUCGUUUAUGCGUCACUUCAGGUGAUAAUUGUCGCCAGCUUCUUUAUAUCAGCGCUUUAUUUCAUUAUUGGUGUCAUCAUCAUCAAUUUUUGGCUUCUUAAUUUGUUUGUCGCCGUCAUUACGAACACGUUUUCAGCUAUUAGGGAAGAGACGAAGAAGAGUGCGUUCGGUGCGAAAAAGACCGGGCCCACUUUUGACGAACAUGAUGAAGGCUGGACGAUGGUGGAUGCGACGAACGCCAGUGUUGGUAAACCCGUAUUGAAAUUUUAUGAGUAUACAUCACUUGCAUGGACUCUUUUGGCACUUGUUAGCCUGGGAUUCCAGGCUACACAAACAUCUACCUCAUCUCAAAGUUAUAUUAAGUUGCUCAGGGCGGUGGAACUCUACAUUACAUUGGCGUUUGAUGUCGAAAUCGUUUGGCGUAUCCUCGGCCAUCUACCGGAUUGGCGGGUGUUCUUCCGUUUAAAACGCAACAUGCUGGAUUUAUUCCUUGCCUUUUCAUCCUCGGUCAUUCAAAUCCCUGGCAUUAAAAACUCGGGUGUCUAUCCAUGGCUUACAAUAUUCCAGUUGGGGAGAUUUUAUCGCGUCAUCCUUGCAGUUCCUGGGAUACGCCCUUUAUUGCUGCAAGUUUUUGGGAAUCUUUAUGGUCUCAUCAACAUGACGCUGUUCUUACUGAUGACCAACUUGAUUGGGGGUUUGGUGGCGGUGCAGCUCUUUCGUGGAGAUGUACCUCCUGCGUCGGCAGAGAUGAAUUUUUACCAGAUCGUUAACGCGUUCCUUUCUAUGUAUCAGAUUUUUAGCUCAGAGAACUGGACGACCGUUCUAUAUAGCGCGGGUACAGCUGAGGUAACAUUCAAGCAAUCUGCAAUUGCCAUCUUGUUUCUCUCCGGAUGGUUUCUUUUCGCAAAUCUUAUUAUGCUGCAAAUGUUCAUUGCAGUAAUCAACGAGAAUUUCGAAGUUGCUGAGGAAGAAAAGCGUGCCGAACAAGUGCGCACCUUUGUGAGGAAGGCGGCGCCAACGUCCGACGGAAACACAUGGAUAGAGAGGUUUAACCUAUACCGAUAUCUAAGGGCUAAUCCAAAACUCGUUACUGUGGAGUCCCUCCCAUCAAAGCUCGUAUUGCCUAUGCAAAAAUCUCUUGUCCAACCCAAUCGCGCAAAUCGCGGGGCAGAGCACGCCCACAUGCCCAGUGUGGAGCAAUCCCUUGAAGGUGCCCAACACCGUCAAGGCGUUGCAGGGUAUCUGGAGCGUCUGUUUGAACUGAAUGGACAUGAGGAGAUCGAAUUGGCAAACGUGCGACAUGCACGGCGACCGUCCUUACCUUCCCAAGCACCUGUCGAUGACACUGAAAGACAUCUUGAUAUCUUAGCUGCAGUCAGCGCCGACCAUACUGUCGAAGACAGCAAUGACGCUGCUGAGGAAGAGCGGGCCAUGAAAGAGGAAUUCAUUGCCCAGCAUCCAACGUACGACAAAACAUUCUGGGUAUUUUCCCAACGUCACCUACUUCGUCGUGCGUGUCAACGAAUGGUCGCGCCGAAGAAUGGUGACAGGAUCUACGGAAUGCCACCCGACUUCUGGGCUCAACUGUGUUUUCAACUGUUUUUGUUGGCAGCUGUGCUGGGUGGCAUCGUAGUCUCUAGCGUCGCCAAUCCCAUCUAUCAGGAACAUUACGUCUCGAAUCACCCCCAGGUUCGUUUCCCAUGGUACACGAUUGCUCAAGCAGCGUUCGCUUUAGUCUUAGUCAUUGAGUUCGCCGUCAAAAUCAUCGCCGACGGAUUUAUGUUCACUCCGAACGCGUAUAUAUUUGACAUAUGGAAUAUCGUGGAUUUCCUGAUAUUGGGGGCAAUUUUGGGUGGAACUGUUCCAACCCUCAUUUCCCCUGGCUCUGUGGGCCGGUUUGGACGUGCCUUGCGUGCCUUUCCCGCUCUUCGUUUGAUCACCAUAUUUGGCUUUAUGCGAUCCACCUUUCACUCCGUCAUAUUCGCAGGUGCCCGACGAAUUUUGAGCGCCGCAGUUCUUGCCAUGCUAUACAUGAUCCCUUACGCGGUAUGGGGGCUCAAUAUCUUCUCUAGUCUCAUGUUCUCGUGCAAUGAUAGUGGCAGCGAUAAAAGUUUAUGUGUUGGGGAAUAUACGUCGAACCCUCUUGAUAACACCAAUAAUAACUUGGGUUUCUUGGCUCCUAGGGCAUGGCUCAACCCGCAAACAUCUACCCGCUGGUCUUUCGACAACUUCAGAUCGUCGCUUCUUAUCCUCUUCGAAAUCGUUUCGUUGGAAGGCUGGAUUGAUGUAUUGACGGCUGCAAUGAAGAUCAGGGGACGAGACAAGGAGCCCAUGCAGGAUGCAUCUCAAGUCAACGCCAUCUUUUUUGUUGCUUACAAUUUGAUGGGUGGAGUUGUCAUCCUCACACUUUUUGUCAGCAUCAUUAUCGGCAACUUCAGCUCUCGGUCUGGGAUGGCAUUGCUUACUACAGAGCAGCGUCAAUGGAUCGACUUACAAAAAUUAUUGAAGCGACAGCGGCCUUCCCGACGGCCGAAAUCUCCUCCCGUCUCAAAUUGGCGUCGAUGGUGCUAUUAUCAUAUUGUAUUUUUACUUCUCGCCUUCGUGUAUUCUGUUGAUAUCUGUGUGCGUUGGAUCGGGUUGGGUCGGAGUUUCACUGCCAAUGGCUGGAAUAUCUUCGAUGUUUUCGUGGUUUUGGGCACCAUCACCACUACACUGGCCAUUGUAGGCGGAUCCAAGGGCUUUGCGGUUCAACAGUUCCAGAAAUUGUUUUUAGUCAGCAUGGCGUUCAAAUUGGUUCAGAAGUUGAACCAUUUAAACCAGUUGUUCAAGACUUCUGUUGCCUCUCUACGUGCCAUCGCCCAGCUAUUUCUGCUAUGGAUGGUCCUCUUUGUCUUUUUUGGUAUUGUUUACGUCGAGGUGUUCGCUUUGACUCGUUGGAAUAGCGCGGAGACUCACAACCAAAAUUACACAACGCUACCAAAGGCGUUGGUUAUGUUGGCCUUUAUGACCACCGGUGAUAGUGCGACCGAGUAUCCUUAUUGUACCAACCCCACCCCCGGGCGAUCGAUGUCGGAUUGCGGCAGCUUGCCGUGGGCCUAUUCUCUAUUCAUUACUUGGAAUGUGCUCAGUAUGGCGAGUGUGGUUGUGGAGAAUUUUUCCUAUGUCUUCCAACUCGCCGGCCCCGUUUCCGUCACUCGAGAAGAAAUGCGUGCCUUCAAGAAAGUCUGGACAGAGUUCGACCCGACUCGUCGCGGAUAUAUCCGGAAGGAGGACUUCAGCAAGUUCUUCCCUAGACUUUCUGGGGUAUUCGACGUACGAAUAUAUCCCGUCGAAGCCACUUACUCGAAAUUACUUGCCCGAGCCCGUCAAUUGUCGUUGGACGGAACACUGAACCCAGAGUUUCCCGGCCUGGACUUUUCCGUUGCUCAACUGAAUCGCGUUUUGAACACGAUCGAUUAUGGAAAGGUUCGCAAGCGGCACAUGCUCAUUCUUCUCGCCCAUCAUAAAAUCAUUGACGACGAGAAAGCAUUGAGAGUUGACGAACUCCUACGGCGCCAGGCGAUGAUGGAAUAUGUCACAGACCGGCUCAAUCUUGACCGGCUUCGUUCCCUUCUCAAGAUGGUUCAUCAUCCUCAUAAUGAUCCAGGGAUUCCCUCUAUUUUGGUGGACAACGUGGUUGAUGGGCGCCCUUCGACCCCUCCACCUCUGUCGACAAGAGAUAUCACUUUGGCUAGUAGGAACUCUCUUUACCUUAACGAAACGCCAACCGGGCGCGCCGUUAGCGACAUGAGUGUCGCCGAUCUGGGCUCACGUUCUUUAUCUGUCAGCCGCGACCCAUCUCCGAUCCGCGAUUCCGGAGUGCCAGAAGACCCGCAACAUGUUUUACAGUCGCUUAACUCAUCUGUAUGGGGAGGCAUCACAACCAUUACCGGGGCGGAGCCUCACCAGCCCCGCGGAGCCUGGGUCUCCACUUUUGAGCUGAAGGUUGAAAUCCAUCCGCAUCUUUCUGAGGAGUGGCAGGGCGCACAGGUUGCUCUCGUGGCUUUGCGCCACCAAAAGGAGAUUGAGGUCGUGCCGGUUCAUCUCGAGGUCGUGCACUACCGAAGGGAGAUGGCCUGCUUGGAGUGGUUGUUGUGGGAGUAG